AACAACAGACGCGGACUCACCUCGAAGCUUUCAGCGUGUGGGCUGUAAAAAAAAAACAGUCAAUAUUUGGUGGAAAAUUAAGCUAAAAUCUUCCAGACAAUAUUUUAAAGGUGCAGAUCCAACCGAAACAGUCCACGCUGAAGGCAGCACAAUGGAAAAAGAAGUGAAAAUUGCAGAAAAAGAAGAUGCAGCGAGCAAGGGGGAAUCCAGUGUAGACAUGUCCAACAAUAGUCCAGCUAAAAGAGGAACAGGGAGGCCGAAAGGUUCUAAGAAGCUGCAGGUUUGUGUUACAGACGUUAACUUAAUGGAGCUGGUUUCAGGUAUUUCCAAUGGAGAGUCAACAACACCCCACAGGGGUAGAGGGCGUCCAAGACUGUCAACAAACACAGUGCAGCAAGGAUCAGCAGAAAGUCAGGCAGAUAAUUCAGUGCAAACUGGUAGUGGUCAAGAAAGCCCAAAAGGGUCCAAGAAACUGGCCAGUAAUGAAGACCAUGUUCCUAGGAAAAGAGGCAGGCCAUUAGGGUCCCUCAACAAAAGCACCCUUGAAAAGGCUGCUGUCACAGAUUUACCGAAUGGUGGUACUGAUACGCCAAAAAGGGGAAGGGGUCGUCCUAAAGGAUCCAUAAAGCGCAAGUCAGAAAGCACUGAUGAAGGCAGUCCUGCAACACCUAGGAAAAGGGGUAGACCGAAGGGCUCUCUCAAUAAGAUAUCCCGGCUCGCAGGGGGCCAGCAGGAUGUGUCAAAUGGAAUCUCAAAGACGCCUCGGAGAGGGAGAGGAAGGCCAAGAAAAAAUAUUAAACAACAAAAACAGGUCUCGGGUGUCUCCCAGCCAGCCAAGAGAGGAAGAGGUCGACCAAAAGGCUCUUUAAACAAGAAACAGGCUACAUAUAAAGUGCAGGGUAAGGUAGGACGGCCGCGGCGAGAACAUGUCUCAACUGCCAAAUCAGAAGCAGUCCUCCCCGUAAAAAGAGGGAAGCGCGGUCGGCCAAGAAAACAACCAGCUAAAAGAGGAAGGCCAAGGAAGUACCCUUUGCCGUCACCAGACGAGUUGAAAAAGCCCAAAGUGUGGAAGCCGCUGGGAAGGCCGAGGAAGUACGCCCGUGUUGAUCCUCCAGAGGGAGCCCCAUCCCCGCCCCGCCGAAGCCGUGGUCGGCCCCGCAAGUCCGAGUCUAAGAAAGGUGCUCACUUACGCAAGAGUUUACCUACAAGUCCAUCUUCAGCACGCACCCCAAGUGAUGGAACUCCAAGAAAAAGGGGCCGUCCCCGAAGCACUCCGAAAACUGAGGAUGGCCCAGCACGGAAAAGGGGGCGUCCUAAAGGUUCAGUCAACAAAAAUAAAGCCAAGACGCAACCCGACAACACGACCCCAGACGACUCACAACCUGAUGAUUCAUCUGCCGCUGGGGUGUUGUACGCAGAAGAGUCUGUAGUAGAGGAGAUGGAGCAGGUUAUAGAGACAGUGCCGGUGCACGAUGGAGAAAAUACUGAAGAAACGCUCAUCGAACAGGAUGGAAGUUUUGAACUGUCAUCGCUGCUGUCUGAAGCAGUUUGGUCCUCUGUCUGAACUAGCCACGGCCCUUCAACUCCACCAUGGACUCCACUGCAUUUUCUUAAUCAUUUGCUUUGUUACAAAUGUGAUUUCUGAACAAGGUUUUCUUACUUCUGGAAAUGAAAUUCAAAGUUCACGUCAGCUCUCUGAGUGUGUGUGAGUGGGCUGGGGAGAUUAAAAUAAUGUCUAAAGUAUGUCAUGAUAUUUUUAUAACUUCUCUCAAUGCCAUUUCACAGUUGGUCAAGAUUUCAUUUUUGUUUUGCCAUAAUUGCCAAAGCUUUGAAUGUACCGUUACGUAGUUUUUACUCUGGCCUCUCAACUUUCUGUUACGUGCAUUCCUCGACAGACUGUAACCUCUGUGUCAAACGCCUUCCCUCCUCACAGUCGCCCUGAAGAUUUUUCUUCCACCAUCUGUACUUUGUUGAGUUUGCAUUGUUAUUCGACUCUUGAAACUUUUACAUAUAGCUGUGAAGCCUUAUAUUUUUUUUAUACUGUUAUAAAAUUAAAUUCAAGUGAUUGGUUUGAUUUCGCAGAAAUUAAUUUACUCGUUUUUGAGUACCUUGUGUAAAAAAAUAAAUAAAUGUGACUUGAUUUUUUUUUUUUUUUUUUUGGCUAUAGCUCCAUUCAUUGUAUGUCAUUAUUACUGAUAUUAACCCCUUUAUGGUUGUGGUUGUAUUUUCAACAAAAAGCCAAUAAUUUGUGAGAUAUGGUCUUGAAAUAAAAUGUUGAUCUUGCCGUUUUA